GGGGGUGUUUUUUGAACCAUUAGUCGUUGGUCCGGGAAUUAGCACAACAAAUAUACGUAAGCAUACCUAUAGACAUACACACGUGAAGAAAUCAUGUCUAACCUGACAUUCGUAUUUUGCUUGUCUUUUAUGGUUGCAUCUGUGGCAUGCCAAAGAUGUGACUUGCCUCGAAGUCUCUGGUGUUCUUCUCCUGAAAUCGCAAAGAAAUGUAAUGUGAGUGAUCUUUGCAAACCUUACCUGUCACCCGCCACUGAAGAGAGUAAGGUUAAAGUGUCUGUUUACUAUGAAUCGAGAUGUCCUUUCAGCAUCAAGUUUCUAUUAGAACAAGUAAUGAAAGCCUUCGCAAAAGUAGGCGAUAUUAUGUCAGUUGAUUUGGUACCAUUCGGAAAUUCUCAUGUACGAAAAAUCGGCGAUAAAGUUCUGUUCACUUGCCAACAUGGACGAAUAGAAUGUGCGGCUAAUAUAGUUGAGACAUGCGCAGUACGACUUUUACCCGUUGAAAAACAUUUACCAUUGAUCGCUUGCAUUUCCAGUCAAUUCAUGCACGGAGUUAAACCAACAUCUGCUUACAAAUUAUGUGCUGCCAAACAACAGAUUGAUAUGCAACCAAUUCUUGCCUGCUCUCAAAGCGAUCAAGGUAUUAAUUUUCAGAAAGAAAUGGCAACAAGAACUAAUAGUUUGAAGCCACGUAAAACUUACGUUCCUUGGAUUGUAUUAAACGGCGUCCACACACGAACCAUCAAUAACAAAGCACGGACAAACUUAAUUCAACUUGUCUGUGAUACUUAUAAGGGAAGUGAUAAACCUGCAGCUUGCUCCAAGUCGUAGACAACAUCGCAUGGAGAUAAUUCCUUUGUCCAUUAAGUAAUUAAUACACACACGCGUGCGCGUGCAUAUACACACACAUACAUACGCACGCAUAGAUGCAGUCAUAAUAUUUUUGUAUGAUUCUAUACUGAGACGAAACUGGCCACUGAUUGUAAGCAAUUGUACCCUCAGUCCCCGCAAUAAAUAAAUAUAUAUAUCCUA